AGCGUAAUGUUUUGUCUAAAUUUGACCACCAGUCGUCCUCUGUACUGAACAAUCCGUCGCCCUUCAACCUAACACUGGUGCUCCACUUACCUGCAGCAGACACACCACAAACCAUGGCGGGGACAAUUGCACGGAAAGCUAUUGAUCACCUGAAGAGUAAAGAAUUCAGGGAUUAUUUGACGAGGUAUCAUUUCUGGGGUCCUGUGGCAAACUGGGGACUUCCUAUUGCAGCCAUCUCAGACAUGAAGAAGAGCCCUGAGAUUAUCAGUGGCAGAAUGACCUUUGCUCUGUGCUGCUACUCACUGCUCUUCAUGAGGUUUGCCUACAAAGUGCAGCCCCGCAACUGGUUGCUGUUUGCAUGCCAUUUGACCAAUGAGUCAGCUCAGUUAGUCCAAGCAAGUCGUCUCAUCAAAUACAACAUGGAGAAGAAGAUGUCAUCUUAGUGAUGGACUGAAGCAGAUUCAGAGACACCAUGCUGCUCCAACAGCUGCCUAAACCUGGACAUCAAAACUCAUGGAUCACAUCUUAUUAAAAAUGUGGCACUUCAACAUUUGUCAUCUGACGAUAGAUUGUUAUAACUGUAGAUUUUAAUCCCUUUUCUGUAUUAUCAGAAAAAACAGACAUUUUCCUCUAAUAACUAAGGUCAGCUGAUAGGAUUUCUUUUUACAUUUUUAAAAUAUUUAAGGUCACACACACUGUUAACUGUCGAGUGUCUGCUUCACACUUGCAAAGACAUUUGAACAGUCAUCGGGAUGAUAUUUCACUAUUGGGUCAUUGCCUUUAAUAUUUGUAUCACUUUUUCACUUUGUUGGUAAUAAAGAUUUCAAUGGUAUAUAAUGAAGAACAACAUCUAAAGUUAGUUCAUGCACCUUUCCACAUUGUGACUGAGCGUAUGGAUUUCAUUCAUCAACAUGUAUUUAAACACACAAACACACAGGCAGUUCAGUUGUGAUAUUGUUGUGCCUGUCAGCAAUAUUAAUAUACAAUGAAAACAGAGUGCAGUGUAAUGUAGAUCUGACUUGAGUAUGACCUUAUGGUUAAGUUAAGAGUGUCUGGGCUAUAAUUUUGCAUGGCUGUGGGAGACAAAUCUGUCAGUGCUGACCAAACCUACUAUUUGUUUUUGUCAUGUGUCAUUCAUAUUAAUUUAUUGUCUUUGUGAAAUAUUUUCCCUGAUUGAGUUGAUUCUCUGAGUUUGUUCAAAUAAACAGGCAAAGACAACUAAAACA